GGCGGGGACAUGGCUGACCCUCUGUCCCAGUCCUGAUGCUGCCCUUGGGGGGGCUGCUGGGGUUUCUGGAGCAGUUCUGGACAGGCCUGCGCACCAGAGCUUCCUUAGGCAGAUCCCCUGCCCCUUGCUUUUGGGGUCUCUGGGUACGGGUACAGGAGCCAGGAGUCCCAGCAUCCAGCUCCACUGUGGGGGCGGGGCCCAGCGCUGCGGGGCCCCUCCCUGGACCAGGGCCUCAAAUACCCGCCCCUGCCUUGGCACCAAGCUGCUGCCUGGUGGACCGAGUCCCUGCAGUCCUUCCUGUGCUGCCACACGCUGCCAGCCUGGACCCAGGAUCCCCACUUGGACUGGGACCGUGAGCCUCUGGUACCGCCCCAACCACAUCCCAGCCCGCCCGCUCAGCGCCAUGGGCGGGCCCCGGGCCCUGCUGGCGGCGAUCUGGGCUCUGGGGGCCUCCGGGGCUGCGGCCCUACGCAUAGGAGCUUUCAACAUCCAGAGCUUCGGCGACAGCAAAGUGUCGGAACCGGCUUGCGGCAGCAUCAUCUCACAGAUCCUGGCCGGCUAUGAUGUCGCGCUGGUGCAGGAGGUGCGAGACCCGGACCUGAGCGCCGUCUCCGCGCUCAUGGAGCAGAUCAACAGCAUGUCCAAGCACGAAUACAGCUUUGUGAGCAGCGAGCCCCUGGGUCGGGACCAGUACAAAGAAAUGUACUUGUUCAUCUACAGGAAGGACGUGGUGUCGGUCGUGGACACGUACCAGUACCCAGACCCCGAGGACGCCUUCAGCCGCGAACCUUUCGUGGUCAGGUUCUCCGUCCCUAGCUCCGGUGAGGCUGGCCCCGCCCCGCCAGCGGCCCCGCCCCCGCCUCGCCCCCCGCGCCUGACAACCCCUCCUCCCGCAGCCACCAAGGAGCUGGUGCUGAUCCCGCUGCACGCGGCGCCGCACCACGCCGUGGCGGAGAUCGACGCACUCUACGAUGUGUACCUGGACGUGAUCGACAAGUGGGGCACCGACGACAUGCUGUUCCUGGGCGACUUCAACGCCGACUGCAGCUACGUGCGGGAGCAGGACUGGGCCGCCAUACGCCUGCGCAGCAGCGAGGUCUUCAAGUGGCUCAUCCCGGACAGUGCUGACACCACAGUGGGCAACUCGGACUGCGCCUACGACCGCAUCGUGGUGUGUGGCGCCCGUCUACGCAGGAACCUGAAACCCCAGUCGGCCGCUGUGCACAACUUCCAGCAGGAGUUCGGCCUAGACCAGACCCAGGCUCUUGCCAUCAGCGACCACUUUCCCGUGGAGGUGACCCUCAAGUCCCACUGACAGCCCUGAGGCCUGGCCAGGACAUGACACCUGCAGACUGGUCCUGAGGAAUGGCCCUACAGUGGCUCCUUCAGGGUGGCAGGCCAUCCCCCAGUGAGGCCGCAGGGCUAGGUCAGCUGGGCAUGGACAAGUGGCCAUGGACACGUUACUGGAUCACUUGGAGCCUCAGUUUCCUUCCCCAUAAGAUGGGCUGACACCACCUAUCUCAUAGGGGUGUUGUGAGGAGUUCCCUCGAGGGGCAGUCAGCACAGGGCCCGGCACUGCCGUACUCAAAUAAACAGGCUGCUGGCAGCCAGGCCCACACACACGUCAGCUCCAUGGCCUUUGUGUCCUUUCUUAGGACUCAGCCCUUCUGGGGCACAAGCUUUGGCCCUGUAGCCCAGUGAGUCCAGAGUCUCAGCUCCCUUAGGAGACAGGCAUGGCCUGGCCUGCCCAUCUCAUGUCCUAGUGGGGAUUGGACACCCCCAGACCAUGCUGGCCCUGGAAAGCAGCUUGGGGAAACACCAUCGUUGUGUAAACUGUAAGUGCUUCCAAGAAUGUGUACUGUGAGUGCAGCUGGGACAGUCACACUGCUGACACACCAGGCCAGCUUCCUGGGCCCCAGUGGAUUUCGGAACAGGUCUCCCAUCCUGCAACCCCCAUUCCUGGAUCUUGCAGGGACCCUCUGGCACUCGUCUGUAUGAGAGGCCCACUAUUACCCAAGCGCUGUCCAGGUGGCUCUCCUGGGAUGUCUGGGGAGCCCCAUAGCAGUGGAUGGGCUGGAUUCCUCUCUCAGCCCAGGCAGAUGGCUUGGGGCUAAGGUCCAGCCCAGAGAAUUACACAU